GCCGGGAACGUUCAACUAGUUAUAGAUCAAAACAUAACAGCCAAAGACAGUGCUGCACACAGUGAUAAAGUCGGAAGCAGCAGAAAAAGUGCAAUCCGUCUGUGUUCUUCGGUAAUCAUUACUCCGAACCGUUUAAAACUAGAUGGCCGUACUGCAGAGUAUCAAACCGUUACAAUCCUUCCUGCGUGUGACUGUCUACAACCAGCUUCAGGCUAUCGCUAAUUUCCGAUCGUUCAGAAUGACUGCUAGGCAGCGCUCGGAAAAAGUACUGGAACAACUAAAGGAAUCGAACCCCUAUUUCGAAAAGUAUGCCAGUAAAAUAGCUGCUGUUCAGCAAAGUUCACCCGAAGAGUUUCUCGCUCGGUUGGAUAAUGUGGAGAAAGAGAAAAGCAAGUCAAAACCUGCUGUUUCAGAACCGACCCGCGAUUAUUCGGACCUUUUGAGUCCAAAAGCUCCCCUCCAAGUGAAAGAUUCCCUGCACCCAGAUCAAACGCAUAAAAAAUUAAGUGAUAUUAUGAAGGUGGAACUGGUGCAGGAUCGAAAUGCGGAUGAAAUCAGAGAGAUCUGGCUAAAGUACCACCAGGGAAAGGAGGUAAUCUCUGCUGCCAUUCCGUUGGAGCAGUACGAUCUGAUGAUGGAACGUGCUCGAAAAUAUCCGGUUUUUAUACUCCCGAUUCCAAGAAGCCAAGGCUACGAGUUUAUAAUGUUGCAGUUUUUUGCCAAUACAGUGCACUUUACUCCAUUGAUCAAUUAUCAGGUACAUAAGGAAAACGCACCGGAAUGCUUGAAUGUUGCCAUGUACACAGAGCUACGCGAUAAGGGGCUGGUCCUGAUGCGGGGAGAAUAUGACUCUAAGGUCAUCUCUGGACAGGAAGCGCAAUGCUUGGCUAACCAGCUCCAGUUGUAUUACAGCCAGGAGAAUAAGAGCAAACUAGCCCUGCUGGAAACUUUCACCAAUCAACCGGAAAAGUUUAAACAUAUGGAUAUAAUUGAAGAGCUGAAUAACCUUAAAAUAGGUGGGUAAGACUUUACUAUGGGGAUAGCGAUUUGAAAUUGUAUAGACAUAAAUAUAGCGAAAAUUAUUGAAAAGAAA